GUACCAAAUCUUAAUUGAUUUUUAUAGUUUUAUGUUUUAGAAUAUUUGUAUAUUUUACUUGAAUAAGAAAUUAAUAAUGUUGCCAACUGAUUCUAGAGUACCAACCUUUCUUUUCGACACUAUUGUUACUCGCUUGGAGCUUACCAAGGAUAAGGUAGAUGAUCCGCAAGGAUUUACUGUUAAUUUGAAGUUUAAUAAUAUUCCGAUUGUCAUUACGCCGAGCCGCAUAAACGUCAACGAAUUUCAAGAUGGAAGACAGAAAGAAAUAACUACUGAUGCCGAAAGGCUUAGCCAAGUUAUCGAGUCUCAGGGAUUGUCCAUCACUGUGCGAUACUAUGGAAACACUUUGGGAUCUGCUGUAUUGACCUUCCCUCAGACUUUCAUCGAUGCCAUUCAGCCGGACAUGGAUCAGAUACUUCAUCAGGACAAAUGUAUACUUAUUCGUCGUGGAAUGGAUAUUGGAACUGUGGAGCUGCUUUGCAGUCUAUACAGAAAGUGUGAGAACCAAACUGAACCAAUUGAGCCCAGCAAUAAGAGCAUUGCUACCAUAGGGAAGACUAUAAAUCAAACUGACGUUAUGUUUGUAUUUGGCCAUCCAGACACUUGUCCUGAGGUGUGUGAGCCGUGUGCGGAUAAGAUAGAGCCAGUCGAAGGUGAUGAACGGCUCCUAUUGGAUCUAAAGCGCUAUAGUGGCGGCAUUCAGCGUGUAACUGAUCCGCCUGUGGAGAAACGUAGCACUAAUGCGUGCGACCAGUUAAAGAAUAUAACAGAGCAAUUCGAAGAAAUUAUUGACUCAGUUGUUCAGAAGGUAAAUGAAUUAAAGAAUGACGAUCUUGUGUUAACGGACUGGAGCGGAAAGAAGAAGUACAUUCAAAAUUAUGUCGAUCGCACGAUAAAUGUACCGUUCGAAGAUCCAGAAAAAAUGGGCAUAAAGCCCAUUCGGUACUGUCCCGUUUGCCUCAAUCCAAUGUCGUGCUUUCCCAAAUAUUCUCCCUGUCCCAAGUGCUGUACAAAGGCAAUACCUCAAUUUGACGCUGUACCUACUGAAUCUCUUACUGUAGACGAAAUAAUAGAUGAGUGUCUUAAAGUACCAAAGAGACUAGCCGAAGACUUUUGCGUAGAUCCCUGUGCUGAGUCAACACAGGACGGAGCAACACACUGUACCUGCAAGGGUCUCAAAUUUUGUGCUCAUUGUCGCAUUCGCAAAAUGUGUGCAAAAAUGUUUAACGCAGAAACUAGUUUCUCUAAGCCAUGCCCAAAAGUGGAGCCCACAGAAAAUGACGAUUUUUGCAUUAUAGUCGAGUCCGAUGAGUCAUCCCCUUUCUCGUGCAGUCCUUACUUAGAACGCGUAUUAGGACAGCUUCGAGAUAUCUAUAAAGAACGGGACGACCAAAAAACUGCUCUAUUAAAUGAGCAGAGUUUAUUACGAAUCAAAGAAAUCUCGAAAAACUCACUUAUGAACCAGAAUUCAACAUUUAUGAAUCGCAUGCCGCAAGGCCCAAAAAUUGGACAUAAGACUUGUCUUAAGCAAGACCCCAAUGUGUCCCGACGCCACGGCUGGGCGUGGAUGUCGACCAAGAAAGCACGCAAACACGGAUGGCGUCCGGGGGCCAUUUGCCGCUAUGCUGGGGCCAUAAUGAGAUUCUUUCUGCAAUACUCAGCAGAAAAGAAUGCAUUCAACACCUGCCGACUAGCGGAAGAAGCUGAGGCCAGUAUACAGCCCGCGAUUCUCAAUUUGCGCAAGAAAAAUGGCGCAAUUUACAUUACACUAAAUGCGGUGAAUAGCCCCUAUGUGGAAAUGAAACCCAUUGUGUUCAAGAUAGUUAAAAGCGAUCUAGCUGUGGCACUCAGGGCGAUCAAAAAUAAGCUGAAGAAUAAAGGCUUUCCCAAAUGCGUCUGUCACAAGUCCGUUAUGAUGUGCGUCUGCCGUAAGGCUGUGGAUAAAAAGCAUCUCGUAAACGCACUGCAGAAGGAGUGCAAGCGACGAAGAAUGGAAAGUUGCGAGGACCAUUUGAUUCUUACAGACACCAGUGAGAGUGAGAUGGAAUUUAAUUUAGAUGUGACACCCGUAAAGCCUGGGGGUAAGCCCCAACUAACUAUUAAGCCACGUACCGCUAACUUGAGCACGCAGACAGCCACAAAUGAUCAACAAGCUCAGCCAAUGUAUCCAACCGAACUCAGUCCCUAUUGGCGUGUCUACGACUGUGCUGCGGGCGACCGGUACACUGGAACAGCAUUUGGUAUACCCGGUGAAGCUGUAUUUGAGGAUGGAGUUUUCGGACUUGGUGGCGGUGGACCGCACGGUCCUUCAGCUACUCACGGCGGAAGAAUUAAGGAGAAAGGAAUGAGGAGUGGCGGUGGUAAAGGGGGAAAAGGCAUUCCUGGCGGUAAGAAGAAAUCUAGUGGUCCUAGCCCAGCCAUCCCAGUGCGAAUGCCUAAACGAUAUACUGAAGCUAAUAAAGCUCGAGCUCAAGCAGAAAAAGAUGCAAUUAAAAAUGAGAUUGCAAAAAAGAAGCAAGGUAUUGACCUGAUGCAGUAUUUAAUGAAAGCCGGCACAGUUCCGAAGCCUUGGAAUCCUAAUGAGCCCAAGCCUGAAGUCAAGUCCAAAGUCAGGACGGGCCCGGUCGUGGGGGUAGAUGGACUGACUGAUGCACAGCGCAAACGGAAAGCUCUCAACCAGGUUGACGUUCCACCAUUUGAAAGGUUGGCUCGGCUUGGUAAGGGUAUCGAUCCGUGCGCUAAUCAGUGCUACUCUCCGUACGCUAAUCCGUGCACACAAUAUAAGCCGUGUUCCUACUAUUGCUAAGUUACAACAAAUUAAAGCCGCCAAUUAUAAAUUAAAUUCGCGCUGGCCGUAAAAUCAGUACAUUUUAUAUUUUUAUCUGAAACCUAAAAUAUUCUCAGUUGUAUUCUGCUUAGGAAAUAAACGAAAACGCCACGCUCAUAUAAUUAUCAU